AUGUCAAGUGUGGUUUUACAUCCCUCUAACAAGCGUUCGAUCUCGUCCUCGAUUGUGAAUUUUUUCAAGAAAGACACUCCGACAGAAUACCAUGACUCUCGAAACGCCAAUAAAGCCAGUUCAGUAAGUUCCAAUAUUCAAGAUGCGGACACCACAGAGCUGCCAUCUGUACCCGAUUUAGUGCUGUACGACUCUGAAAAUGGUGAGAGGCCGCCUUUGUUGCCCAUAAUGCCCUUGCAGAGACUUAAAAUUCUACGUCACAAGCAAUAUCUACGACGUUUGCAAGAUUCAUAUUUGCCAAGUCUCAUAACUUCCUCUUUCGAAAGCGAAAAGCCUUCCAAAAUCGCUAAAACACAGUUGCUUCCGCUAAGAUCACUCAAGAGAAACAGUCAGAAAGCUAUACAGCGCUCCAAACAGCCGACUAGGACAGUUCUCGGUAAACGUUGGAGCGGAGACCUAGAAUAUGACUUGGCAGAAUACGAUGUUGUUAAGAAGCCGAAGAACUCAAAGCCAAAGGACAGUGUUGAUUCUUCCACUACAAUGGAGUCCCCGAGGUUAUCGCCCACGGUCUUGAAGAAGAGCACAACCGGUGGAAAAGUCAGUGCAGGCCCUGGCCUAUCAAGAAUCCAAGCCACUUUGCUUGAUGGAAAGUCAUUAGUGGAUCUUUCCGCAAGCAAAGAUGACACGAAGAUCAGCACGCCAACCAAAAAUGGGACCGCGAGUGAGAAGUCGAAACCAUUAUUGGCUUUACCCAGUUCCGGAUUUGAUUUUUUAAAAGCGGACGGCAAAUCUGGCCAAGCGUCGUCUGAAUUGGACUCCUCUAAAGCCGGAGAGAAUGUCUCCCCUCCAAAAUUCACAUUUGGCGGCGCAAAUGUCAAAGAAUCAUCAGCUACUGAUCUUACGACCUCUUCUGAUAGGAAUCUGUCUUUGUCUGAUACCAAACAAUCGCCUGGGUCAAAAUCUGCCGCGCAUGAUAAAACCAAACCUCUGUCAUUCGGAACAACUGAUAAAGGAACAGCUUUCUCAUUUGGAGGAGGCAGCGGCGGGUCGGCUCAAUCAAAACCGUCUUUUGCUUUCGGAAAAUCUCAAACUUCAAGCAAAGGCGGGGAAUCUAAGCCUGUUUUAUCUUUCGGACAGCCAUCAAGUCAAGUGAAGGAGAAAGACGCAGAAGACAAACAGGAGUCUGGCAACAAACCCUUUUCGUUCAAACCUAGCCCCUCGGCUUUUACAUUUAAUGGCCCUAAUCAGAACAAACCGGGAGUCCCUGAACAAGAAGCUAUCAAAGAAAAAGAGACAAAAGACGACGCAAAGUCUGUUUCCGAGUUUGGGUCCAACACUCUUUCAAAGCCCGUGUUUGACUUUGGGUCUAAGCCUUCGAAUCCUGCAUUUGACUCUGUACAUAAACCUACUCCAGAAUCUGCGUCUACUUCAGGAACCCAGCCUGCUGUUAAGCCUGCUUUUAGUUUUGGUGGAACUGGCGCGCAAAACGAUAACGAAAAAGAUAUCGCCAGCGAACCAUCUAGUAAAAAAGUCCCCUCGUUCACAUUCGGUGCACCUAAAGAAGCAGCAAAUGAUACCAAAGACAAACCCCCAGCUGCUUUCAGUUUUGGAUCCUCCAAGCCCGCGAUUGUUCAAUCAAGCGCUCCAAACAAUUUCUCCUUUGGAAGCGUUAAUUCAUCAAAGCCCGCGUCUUCUGAAGGCGGUAGCAUGACAAAACCGUCAUUUUCCUUCACCAAGCUAUCAGAUUCAACAGGCGCACAUGAUGCAAGAAAUGCAUCCACUGCACCACAAUUGGGCUCUAAGCCUUCCAUCACAUCAUCCAAGUCGUUUGGCUUCGGCGUACCUUCAGAAAAAAAGGACUCUACACCACCUGCAUUCUCCUUUGGUGGCAACAGUCAAAAUAAUAACCAGUCAUCUUCAUCAAUUAAUGGAAGUAGCUUCAAAUUUGAUUCAAACGCUGGGAAUUCGGGCGCCAUUCAAAGUAAUCAACCACCCAAGCCGCCUUUCUCUGCUGCCUCAAGCAGUGGGAUAGGAAAGCCUGCAUUCAGCUUCGGCGCUGGCACCCCACCAGUUGUUAACGCACCACAACCACAACAACCUCAGUCAUCAAUAAUACCGCCUUCACAAAGCAAUGGAUUUGGCUUCGCGUCCGGCUCUACAACAAGCAAUAACUCGCCAGCUUUUGGAAACCCUGCCAACAACCAACAACUUGCAUUCAAUUUUGGCACGGGAAAUACAAGCGCGUCUUCCACGCCACCACCUUUUGGAGGUACGGGAGUCCCUGCAUUUGCGCCACCAAAUCCGCAAAGUAGGCCUUUUAGCCCUUCGCAUACAGUUAAUCUAAAUUUUGGGGGUGCCGCAUCACAAGCACCAAGCUCGAUAUUUGGAGGGACGACAAGUUCAACGCCCGCACAAAUGUUUGGGGGUCAACCUUCGAAUUCUAAUCAGUCAUUUGGAAACACGCCUCAAAACCCGGCACAAGUGUUUGGAGGUAGCAACCCUGGUGCCAUGCCUCAACAACAAAACCAAAGUUCAAUGAUGAACUUGCCGCCUGGAAGAAAACUUGCAAGAAUGAGAGCGAGAAGGAACUGA